AUGACCAAGAAAAGAAGGAAUAACAGUUGUUAUUCCAAAAAGGACCAAGGCCAUCUGCACCCUAUUUGUUGUACCAACUGUGCCUGGUGCGUGCCCACGGACAAGGCCAUUAAGAAGUUUGUCAUUCAAAACACAGUAGAGGCCACAGCCGUUAGGGACAUCUCCGAAGCGAGUGUCUUCGAUGCCUAUGUGCUUUCCGAGCUGUAUGUGAAGCUGCAUUACUGUGAGGGCUGUGCCAUUCACAGCAAGGUAGUCGGGAAUCGUUCUCGUGAAGCCUGGAAGGACCGAACACCCCCACCCCAAUUUAGACCUGUGGGUGCUGCCCCAUGACCUCCACCAAAGCCCAUG